AUGUUUUCCUUUUUAACUGUCUCUACUAUUGCGAAAAAGCCUGUUAUCCUAGUUCCUGGAAUUGGUGCAUCGAAUAUAUAUGUCAAGACAGGUUCAACACCAUAUAAAUGGUACUGCCCAAAGAACGUUGACGGAAUUGGUUGGAUUAAUGACAAAUAUGUCAUUCCUCCUGUAUUUAACUGCAUACUUCAUUGGAUGUCGUUGCAAUAUGAUGAAUCAACUCAAUGUUCAACAAAUAUGGAUGACGUAACUGAAGCAAGUACAGUUGGUUUUGGAACUCUCGAAGGAAUCACGCAAGUUGAUGUGUUUACAAAGUAUAACGUAUCAUUUAUUCCAUAUUACAAGAAGAUUAUUCAAUACUUCGAAAAUAAUGGAUACGUCGAGGGCAUUGAUCUUUAUGGUGCUCCAAAUGAUUGGCGUAAGGGAAUUGCCUGCCAGUCAGCUUUCGACAACCGUCUGAAAACCUUAGUUGAAGAUAUUUAUAGGAAGACUGGCCAAAAGGUUGUCUUCCUUUGCCACUCCUUUGGAACGUUUAUCACACAUUACUUCCUUUCCCAGAAAAUGUCAGCUGAUUGGGUCAAUAAAUACGUCGACCAUUGUGUUUUUAUUGCACCUUCCUUUGCUGGCGCUGGAAAGGCCGUUAGAAUAGGCUGGACAAAGGCUUACCAUAAGUUCAUUGAGUGGACAGACGAAGAUUUCCAAUUGGCCGCUGAAACAUUGGGAGCUGUCCAUACCCAUUUCCCCAAUUGGGACUUGUAUAAGGGCCAGCACGUAUUUUAUGGUCCUGACGGCCAAGGCUAUGGACCAGAAGAUUUACAAAAGAUUUUCGUCGAACACGGAAGAAUUUCUCCAGAAAACGUUAAGCUUUUCAAUCUCCAAACACCAUUCCUUUCAAAGCCAAUUCCUGCGCCACGCGUGAAAACAGUCAUUGUUUAUAAUGACCAAUUAGAGACUCCAUUUGCUCCAAAAGUCAAGAGCUGGGAAACCAAUGACCUUGAUAUGGUAACAACAGGUGGAGAUGGUACAGUUCUCGCUCCAGGUGUUGAGCAAUUUUGCAAACUCCACAAAGAUAUGACAAAGUGCGUCAAUUUGAACGAUCCUUCAUCAAAUGGUGAACACUACAAGAUGCUCAUUACUGAUAAAUACGUUGCGCAGUAUUUUGAAUAUUCGCAAGAAUAA